CUUGGAUCCUUCCCCCCUUCCUUUCGUUCGCUUAGCUUAACGCUUCAGUCUCUCCUUUUCCACCCACCCUCGACCUCGACAUGGCCGACACCGAGGAUGCGGGCACAUCGUCCGUCUCCGAGCCCUUAGAUCUGGUGCGCCUGUCGCUCGAUGAAAUCGUCUUCGUCAAGCUGCGCGGCGAUCGCGAGCUCAAGGGCCGUCUCCAUGCAUACGAUAGCCAUUGCAACCUGGUGCUAGGAGAUGUUGAGGAGACCAUCUACGUGGUGGAGGAAGACGAGAACGAGCAAGAGAUCCUCCGGACCAUCAAGAAGCAAGAAGAGAUGCUCUUCGUUCGAGGAGACUCUGUCGUCUUGAUUUCUCCUCAGGCAUAAGAUUUGGGAGGCAAUAAUAAGUAGGAAGACGGAUCACAUCGGAUAUUCUUGGGGCCACCCCUCACCCAAGCUACGAAAUACGAGACCACGAAGACACCAGGCGAUGUUACAGGGUUUCCAGGCUAUACGAAUUUAUCUUUUAAUGUAUUCACGUACUCGGUCAUGCUUGGGCCUGCAGGUUUUCUUAUAUCAGUUAUAGAGGCAUCAGGAAGGUGUAAGGCGUGUGGUAUCAUGGCAUCAUGCCAUACUGGCAUAUGUAGCGAUGAAACCAACAGCAGCGACCAGUGUUUCUGGUUUGCAACCUGGCCCAAAACAGUUAAUAAUUACAAAAUUGAC